UGACGUUUCAAUCCCUCCCCCCACCGGUGGCUUUUCUAACGGACCAAUCAGAGAAUCACGCAGCGGGUCCCCUAAAGAUGACGUGCAAGUAAACCUUCACGUGUGUCCCCGGUGGAAUGUUACGGAGUGUUCCCAAGCUGCUCGCCCUAGUUGAUGUUCCUCACUGUGUUGGAGUUCAUCGCCUCGCCUCCUGUCCCAUCACGAGACCUGAGAAACGUUUGUGUGUGUUGCGUGCGCUGUCGGCGAUGACGGACCCUGACCUGAUCCUGUACCAGCCCCCCGCUGCUGUUCGAGGGAUGACCGUGCUUCAGCGCGACGCUUUCACACAAACAGUCGAGGUUCCUGCGAUACGGCUCCCCACCUGCGUCCUUAACCGACUGGUCAAGAGCCUGAAGAAGGUGGCUCUGCACAGGCCAGGUCUCAAACGGGUCGUAGAUGAUGACCAGGGGAACGAGACGGACGGAGAGCACCGGCUGCUCCUGCUGGACCCGCAGAGUUUCAAGUCGGCUGAAUCGUUCGGUCCGGAGGAGGCGGCUGCGCUGAAGGCGUCGGGGGUGGAGCCCGAGAUCCGACGCUACCAACUCAAACUGACAUAUGAGAACCUGAAGAGUGAAGAGGUUCUGCGCGCUGUGCUUCCUGAAGGACAGGACGUGACAUCAGGGUUCAGCCGAGUGGGACACAUCGCACACAUGAACCUCAGAGACCACCAGCUGCCGUAUAAAAACCUGAUCGGGCAGGUGAUCAUAGAUAAGAACCCGGGGGUUACCUGUGUGGUGAACAAAACCAACACCAUCGACUCCACCUACAGAAACUUCCAGAUGGAGGUGUUAGCCGGAGAAAACAACAUGGUGGCAAAGGUGAAGGAGAAUGGCGUGUCAUACGAGUUUGAUUUCUCACGUGUGUACUGGAACCCUCGUCUCAGCACCGAGCACGAGCGUGUCGUUUCCCUGCUCCGCCGAGGUGACGUGGUGUUUGAUGUCUUUGCCGGAGUCGGGCCGUUUUCCGUGUUAGCGGCGCGACGUGGCUGCUCCGUCUUUGCCAACGACCUCAACCCUGAGUCCUACAAAUGGCUUCAGCACAAUGCCAAGCUCAACAAGGUCGAGACCAAGAUCACCACCUUCAACUUCGAUGGACGGGAGUUCAUCCGAGGGCCGCUCCGAGAGCGUCUUCCCGAUCUGCUCAAGAGCUCAGGAUCUUCAUCUGCUAUCCACGUGAUCAUGAACUUGCCGGCGUUAGCACUCGACUUCCUGGACGCGUUCAGAGGCUUGCUGAGAGGAGACACAGACCGGGGUCCAGACGAGGCCGUCCUGCCCCGGCUCCACGUCUAUGGCUUUUCCAAAGAGGACGAGCCAGAGAGGGACGUUCUGAAGCGAGCUGAGAUCAGCUUAGGGACUUCGCUGAAGACACGCUGUGACGUGCACAUGGUGAGAAACGUGGCACCCAACAAGGAGAUGAUGUGUGUGAGCUUCAACAUACCCAGAGACGUGCUGUACGGAGAAGACGUGGUGGAGGAGGGUUACUUAGAAGAACCAUCGCCAAAGAGGCAGAAACACGAGGAGACACAAUAACGAACUCGUCUGUCUGACACUCCGAAUGUUUCUGUUUUGUUUUUGAUUUUGUUUUAUAUAAAAAAUGAUGGUCUCACUGAUUGAACUGUUAUGUUUGACCUUUCUGUUUGUGUGUAAAUAAAGAAUUUAACACGUUUUUUA